AAUAAUUGAUUGAAGAUUGUCCUAGAAGAUAUUACCAAGAUCUUUGAAAUUUAAGACAUUCGUUGAUUGCGAUAUUUUUCAUAUAUGUUCAUUAGUCAUCCAAUGACCCCCUAUACUUGGGUAAGAGGGGUUCAUUCCUAAUUUGUUAGAUGCCUGCAUUUAGUUAUCGGGGUCCGUUGUUUGUCUCCACACAGAUUAAUAUUAUGUAAACAUUAUGUAAUCAUUGUGUAUGAUGUGAUAUAAAUUGCGUCGCACUGUACUUAUCUUUCUUCCAAACAAACGUACAAACAAUCAAAUAAAAUGCCACAUAUCUUUAUCACUGGUGCGACAGGCUUAGUCGGUUCUGCAACUGUAGACGAACUGAUUAAUCAUGGUCACAAAAUCACUGCAUUAGCAAGAUCAGACGAGAGUGCUCGUAAGUUGGAAAGUAAAGGCGUAAAGGUUAUCAGAGGUGGUCUCACAGAUUUCGAGACUCUUAAACAAGCAGCAGGAGAUCCAUCAAUUGAUGGUGUUAUACAUCUGGCAUUCGUUCAUAAUUUUGAUGAGUACACACAAGCAUCAGAAUUGGACGUACUGGCUAUCAAGGCACUUGGUGAACCAUUAGAGGGAACUAACAAACCAUUCAUUGUUAGUAGCGCAGUCGGUGGACUAGACAUCGAAAGUGAUGAUGGUGUUGCUACAGAAUCGGAUCUUCCAAAUCCUGCCUUCCCGAGAAAAAGUGAGAAAACAGCUUUGGAGUUGUCUAGCAAGGGGGUUACCGCAAUAUCAAUCAGACUGCCACCAACAGUCCACGCCGGACAACACGAUAAAGGUUUCAUAAGAAUUUUAAUAAACAGUGCAAUUAAAAACAAGAAAGUAGUUUAUGUGGAACCAUCCCAUUGGUCUGCAGUACACGUUAGCGAUGCUGCAAAAGCAUAUCGUUUGGCGUUUGAAGCUGGCUUAAAGGGUAAAUCAGGCAUUUAUCAUGCAGUAGCAGAAGGAAACAUCCCAUUCAAGGAUAUAGCUGAGGCAAUUGCCAAGAAAACUAAUGCUGAGGCUGAGUUGAAGUCUGUGGAGGAUGCUGCUCAGUAUAUAACAUUCUUAGCCCAUUUCGGUCUUUUGUUUAAGCCAACCUCAAGUGAAAAGACAAAAGCCGAACUUGGGUGGCAACCAACUGGUUUGUCUUUACUUGAUGAUAUCAAUCAACAUUAUGAUGGCACAUCCAUUCGUGACUCUUUUGCCAACUAAUUCGAUUUAACGAUUUUAACGAUUAUUCUUGUUUUUAUAACUGUUGCAAUACAAAUAAUUAACCUAUAAUUUUGUUGCUGUCCUGAAUAAGUGUGAGUAAAUUCCUAUUCUCACAAGGUCUAACAUACCAGAAGCAUGCUUUGUAGGUGUACUGUAACAUACUAUCACCGUUGUUGGUGUAUGUUGUGUCAAUCAUCUUUUCGUUCUAUAAAGCAUUUAAAUUCCCAUCAUGUGCUUUCUAAAUUUAUCCUUACAUCUAAUUUGAAGCCGCAUUGUGGUAACAGCUUUUUGAGUUCUUCUAAUGUGAGUUCGAUUGACACCUCACCGUCGUCAUUGUUUUCGAAGUGGUACAAUAACGGGCCUACUUAAGAUUAAUUAAGCUCUCUGCAGUCGAGGGGAAACCUUACCCAAGUUGAUGAAUUGUCCACCUGGUUUAAGGACAUGAGAAAUGGUCUUGAUAUAAUCAAUUAUAUUCUUUGCCUUGAGCGUUCGUGAGUAUUAAAAGGGGUAAGGACUAACGACCAACCGUAUCCAGGUAAAAACAGGUAACGACAGCAUCCCAUUGCUCCUUCUCAUCAUCACCACCAUAGAUUUCCAAGAACUCACCCGCAACUAAUGAAAAGUCACUGUCAGGACCACGGAGGUAGUCAAGUGGUAACACAUCAGGUACAGUUAUAGACCGCAAUUGUGAAGUUUCCUCCGGGUGAUUUGACGAUGUAUGUGCGAAUGGAAAUAUUGUAUGCUGGUUGCGUUCAGUUGUACGAUUCAAGAUAAAGAAACUGGAUAAAAGCAUAAAAUAGCUGAACUCAUUACCUUAAGAGGGAUAAAAAAGGGAGCAUCAAAAGCG